GAAAAUGAGAGGCCCCUUCUAUCUCAGUAUUUUACUAUUUGUUUUGUGUAUGUGUGUUUGUGGUUUUUACACACUCUUAAUUGAUCUGUUUGCCAUGUGAUGAGGUAUACUCAGUAAGACAUACACCAAGGAUCUUUAAGCCAGACUCAUGAUAAUAAAAAUGUCCGUCAAUAAAAGACUGUUUAAAAAAGGAUGGAACGGGCAUGAAAUAGUGUGGCACUGUGACAAAAAAUGUGUGAGUUUUCUACACAGAGAUACGUGAUGGUCUUCACAUCUGAGGUGAAGUGCAAAGUGCAGAAGAGUAGGUAAAGUACGUGUGCUGGACGUCUGUCAUUUACUCCAGCAAGCUCAGCCACACAGUUCUGGUAACUACUCCCUCCCAUGGCUCCUUCAGGCCUGCGGGUGAGAACAGCGCCCUGUCCCGCUGCUACUAGCCCAGGGUCCUGCACUACACCCUGCUGUUUUCCUAUACGUUUCCUUAAUGAAAGUCUUCAGAUUACCAAAUUUGAGGAUGUCACCUCUUUCCUGCUGGAACACUGACUGAAAGAAUACACUCUCUUUUGAGUAAAAAAGGGAGAAAACUUUGGAACCCGUUUAUAUUUUCUUGUGAAUGCAUAACAAAACUCUGGAAGGACUGACAGUGAGGAUUGAUAUUUGGAUUAUUUCAACAUGAGCUUCCUGUUACCCAAACUGAGUAGCAAAAAAGAAGUGGACCAGGCGAUAAAAAGUACUGCAGAGAAGGUGCUGGUUCUCAGGUUCGGGAGAGACGAGGAUCCUGUCUGUCUGCAACUAGAUGAUAUUCUUUCUAAGACCUCUCCUGACUUAAGUAAAAUGGCUGCUAUAUAUCUGGUAGACGUGGACCAAACCCCAGUUUAUACACACUAUUUUGACAUCAGUUAUAUUCCAUCUACCGUGUUUUUCUUCAAUGGGCAGCAUAUGAAAGUGGAUUAUGGGUCUCCAGAUCACACUAAGUUCGUGGGAAGUUUCAAAACCAAACAAGACUUCAUAGAUUUGAUUGAAGUAAUUUAUCGAGGUGCAAUGAGGGGAAAACUUAUUGUUCAAAGUCCUAUUGAUCCCAAGAAUAUUCCCAAAUAUGACCUCCUCUAUCAAGACAUUUAGCACUUUCACUACUGUCAAAGUUGAAGAGACAGGCCCAUCGUGACACAGUGCCUGACUUCAGCUGUGCUGUUUCUCUGGGGUCUUUCGGAAAUGUGGUCAGCAUCCCGGCGGAGAAGAGGUUUGACGUGUAUAGAAAAUACCGGCCCCCAAGUAGAAGACCACACUGGUGCUGUGACAAUUGGGAAUGCCCAAGUGUCUACUCCCUGCAGAGCCCAGAGCAGUCAAGUCAGCCGUGGUCAGUUUCCCCAGUGUGGUUAUUUUAAUUUCUCUUCAUAUUAUAGUUUUCUUUAUUCUUUAAGAUAAUACAGAAUCCUUCUAAACCUUGGCUAGUACAAUUUGAUUUAACUAUGUUUAUUCGAUACACAAGUAAAAUAGAAAGUCAAUUCCCGUAAGAGCAAAAAUACUCCUUUUCUACCCUAUGUGUACACACCCACCCCUUCCAUCUUCCUCAGCUCGCCGCUCCUCCACUCGUGUAUUUAUCUCGUGCUCGACUAUUAUCCCAGUUCUUCCGGAAUAAAUCAUUCUUUACUGAAAGCAGGCAAGUUUGUUUUACCUUCGAGCCUUUCUGGCUCAGACUUCUAAAGGUGUCCUGGCUUGCUCAAUUUACCAGCUUUUCUAUUAUGAAAUUGCCCAAGAAGUGAGAACUUGAACCUUCACCAUCCAGCACCCAAUGUGAGCUAAACAAAGAGUUAACUACCCUUAGUAAGUAGGAGCUGAUCUCUCCCAGAGCUCCGUCUCUUCCUGAGGAGAAAACUGUACUUCACGGACUCAAGACUGGAAAGAGAUCUCAGAAUUGCUAGAAAGAAGUAUCCUGUUUAUAGGACUUGCCUGUGUUAACAGCUUUAUGAAGAAUUCUCCCAGGGUCCUCUGGCACAGCCUGCCACCACUUGGGCAAGUUCCUGCUCCUCUCAAAACCUCACGGGGCUAAGGGUACUGACUUUCUAGAAUAAGAGGAUAGAUGCAGAGCCAGAGGGCAGUGUGCCAGGCAGCACGUGACCUGCUUGGCAGCUUUUUGCCACCUUGAUGACAGAAACCCAGUUCUGUGCAGGGCAGCACUGUCGGUGCAAGUCUGUCCCCCUUUGCCAGGUGCGUCCUGUCCAAGCCUUUUCUGACAAAUGUGGCGUAGAAGGAAGGCUGCUGGGUACCUUGUGACCUUCAUUGAUAAAGGAGAGAGCCACUCCAGGAAGGAGACAACAAAACCCUGUCAGCACCACCUCCGUCUUCUCCUGGCCCCCACUUCCUGCUUUCAUGGUGAUCGUGGUGCAUGGAACUGCUGCAGCUGUCUUAGGACCACGAGGCAACCAGCACUGGGAUGAAAAAUGAACAUGCUGAGAAGACCGGUGAAGAGAGCCUGGGUCCCUGAUAACGAUACUGAGCUACUGAGUGGACUCUAGACAUGCCUCCCUUAAGACUUCUAUGAAAGAAUAAAAUGUCUUCACUGCCUGUCA